AUGUUGAAAAGCUGUGGAAAUACAUCAGUGGCCACUUCAAUAGGAAUUUCCCUUCUUUUCCUCUUGUUGAUCUGUGGGAUUGGGUGUGUUUGGUGUUGGAAACAUGGUAAUCCAGUGCAAUUUACCUUGCCAAAGUUCUUGCAAAGGAGAAGCAGCAGGAGAAAAGGCUGUACUAAAACACUCUCAAGUCUCCUCGCUAUCAGCUCAAGAAAUAAAAUCUCAUUUCAGAACCAAGACUGCAGAUCUUCUGGGAGAGGGACUAACACACAUGGCAGCUAUGAAAAUGUGGAAAGUGGUGCUCCCAAACCUAAAGAAGAAACUGAUAAAGAACUAUAUGAGAACAUUCAGCAGACCAAUUUUGAGGAGCAUAUCUAUGGAAAUGAGACACCAUCCCAAUAUAACUUCCAGAAGCCUAGUACUUCUGAAGUCUCUCAAGAUGAAGACAUAUAUAUUCUUCCAGAUUCAUAA